AUGACGGCCGAAGAGGAGCAUGCCUACAUGCAGAAGCUGUCGAGCGAGUAUGAGCCCGAGGCCACUGGUCCGCUUGUCGGCGAGCGCCAGAGCAGCGCUGCCAUCACCACCCAGUAUGCCAACGCCGAUCCCGUCUACAGGAUCAAGACCGCCGCCCUGCCCGGCAAGUAUGCUUACUUCCGUACCUGUCGCGGCGAUGGCCACUGCGGAUGGCGAGCUAUUGCCUUCACGUACUUUGAAGCUCUGCUACGCGUAGGGGAAUGGCAGAGGUUCCAAGAUGAAGAAGGCCGUUUGAACUCGAUGGGCAAUCUGCUCGAGCAUAUUGGCUUAUCCCGCGACAUCUGGAUGGAUUUCGCUGAAGAGGCAUUCGAGCUGCUGCGCAAGCUGGGCGACUCUGUGCACGCCAUGGAUGGUACUGCUGCCGACAUCCUGCUCCAAUCCUUCAACGACAUGGGCAUAUCCAUGGCCAUCAUCACCUACUUCAAGGCAAGUCCGGAUCGUUUGCUCCUUGCCAGCGCCUGGGUCCAGAACCAUGCAGAUGAUUACAGACACUUCGUCCCUAUGGGCGACGUCAAGGCAUAUUGCGCCAAUAACAUCGAUCCAGCACAGUGCGAGGCUGACAACAUCGGCGUAGCUGCUCUUGCCGACGCACUCGUCAAGCCUGCCGGCUUUGGCCUUGAGGUUUGGUACCUUGACCGCUCGCCAGGCGAGGAGAUCAACCGCAGCUACUACGCGGAGCCCACACUGCCUGGUUCUCCUAUGUUGCGACUACUCUACAGACCUGGCCACUACGACAUCCUCUACAAGGCCGAAGAUGUUCCUUCACCAAUCCACCACCAGGCUGUUGCUCCUCAAGCACCUCUCCAAGUUAACUUCACCAACUAUGCAGAUGAGUUUCUGCCGCAAGCCUCCAAUUUCGGCGACGUAAUGAGCAUGCUUCCGGGCAUGGGCCGUCCAAGCCUAGGAGGAUGGGCUUCGCUCUCGUACGACUGCAAUCCAAGCCCCGCGCCCCAGGCUCAAGUCACACCUAUCCAGCCGUUUCCAAGCGCAUCUAUGUCUGCACCUCCUAUCACGAGCUCGCUAGACUUUGUCACACCCAUUUCCAACGGUCAAGCAAAUAGGUACGACGCACCGCGUCACCACAGCAUUCAGCUUGACCAGCCUCCCAUCACCCUUCCGAUGCAUCCUGCACCGCCGCCCCCACCACCUGUCAGUAUCGAAAGGACUGCACCCCUAGCAGUUGAAAGUGGUGGACCAUUCAGGCCUUCGAUGUACCAGCUGGAGCCCGGCUUUGGCUUCUCAAAUCAAGCACAGCCCUUCCAGACUUCCAUUUUUCGCAACUCACACUUCAACACGGCGCAUUUCAUGAAUCCAGACUUCCAACCUGAGGAGUGGUGCCCGGACGGAGAGUAUGCGACAGGCAAUAAAGGCCGUCACAAGCAUCCAUCCUAG